GCAAUUAGAGACUGUACCCCAGGAUUUGGACGAGGAGAUUUGUGAGAAACUAGCUGAGUCGAUUCUUUUGAAUUUUUAGCGUGCAUGGCUUGCUGUAUUUUGUUUAUUUUCAAAACUCAAGAUUGUAUGCAUGUCAAACAUGUUUGCUAGCUAAUUCCCUAGCGAGCUACUUUGAGAAUCUCUACAUAAAACGUUCGUAUAAAUUGAAUAAAAUAAUCUUCAACAAUGCCUUUUGUGGCUAAACGAUGCGGGGUGCAAUUCAGCCCACCUUCAAUCGUUUUAAUUUAUGAAAGUAACGUUAAGGAUACAAACAAGAUGCGUAAAAGAAUCAUACCUGUGAGGAACUUCUCGAAAUGUUCAGACUGCUGCAUGGCUGCGGAGAGAAUGAAGCACCAUAUUCGGCACAGGGCAUACCUGGAGAGUGUUUCAUUGGGGCAACUGGAGAGGCUUCAUAUAGUGUUGCGGGAUCACAUGCAGGGCCACAGCCUGGAGCACACUCUAGCCUCCCUCCGCCUGGACCCUGAGGAGGACCUAAACAAGCUGGAUGAUGAGGAGCUUGCGCGCAAGAAGGCCCAAAUGGACAAACUCUUUGAACGCAACCGAAGGCGGAAAGAUGACCCUGACUUUGUCUAUGACCUGGAGGUGGAAUUUAAAGGGGAGGUUGCUCGGGAACCCUGCAGCUGGGAUGAAGAGGAGUCUGAUGAUGGGUUUUAAAAGAACACAUAGAUCAGACUUGGAGUGUUUCAGUUGUCAGCAAAGCACCCUGCCUGACCUUCCGUGAUUGAACAAUACUCAUUCCUUUGCAUAGGGCA